AUGGCGGUGUCGUCAGGCAGUGAAAAGCUAUUGUCGUCGUCCGGUCUGAUGGAGUUCCAGAACAUCUCUCAGUCUGUGAUGGCCAUCAUGGCUUGUAACCACGCCACCAUACAACAUCCAGGUGCAAAAUUCCCGUUCGUUAUGAAGCUGUGCUUCUCUUCGUCGCGUCAGAUCGGACAGAAGGGUCAGGGGGAGAGGCAGGUCAAGGGUCAGUCCGGUCAGACCGGACAGGCGGGUCAGACCGGACAGGCGGGUCAAGUCGGUCAGACCGGACAGAACAACGGCAUCGACGAUGACUACUAG